AUGCCUCACGACAAGAAGCCCCGCCAUCCCUACCUCUCUGGCAACUUUGCGCCCAUCCAUUCGACGCUGCCCCUCACACCGUGCGCCUACGAGGGCGAGAUCCCGCUCGACCUCGCCGGCGGCCAGUACGUCCGCAAUGGCGCCAACCCCGUCACCAACGAGGACCUCGGGCGCGACGCUCACUGGUUCGACGGCGACGGCAUGCUCGCCGGCGUUCUCUUCCAGCGCCGGACCCAGCGCGCCGAUGAUGGCAGCGGCAGCGUGGAGGCGAUAGAGCCCCAUUUCGUGAACCAGUACCUCCUCACAGACGUCUACUGCUACGCAAAGCACAACCAGUCCCUCGCCAGGCCCCUUCUGCCCAGCAUCGCGACGCUCGUCAGCCCGGCCAGCGCGCUUCUACAUGUCAUGUGGUCCAUCUUUCGCGCGGUUGCCCUCGCCAUGGUGUCGCGCUUCCCGGGACGUCCGACCAUCAGGAAGAUCAGCGUGGCCAACACAAACGUCGUCUACCACGACGGUCGCGCCCUGGCCACGUGCGAGAGCGGCCCCCCGCUGCGCUUCCUUCUGCCCACCCUCGAGACCAUUGGCUGGUACAACGGACGCCGGGCUCAGCGAGAGGAGGACGCCGACGAGCGCAGCGGUUUUGGCGGCGAGGGCCCCAUGGCAUUCAUGCGGGAGUGGAUGACGGCGCAUCCGAGGGUCGACCCCGUGAGCAAGGAGCUCAUCGCCUUCCACUCGACGUUUGCAAAGCCCUACGUGCGAUAUUCCAUUGUCAAGCCGUCCAUCUCCAAGGAGGCAACCCCUCCGUCGACAUUCGACCAGCCUGUCCCAGGCAUCUCGUCACCCAAGAUGAUGCACGACUUUGGCGUCUCCUCGCACCACACGGUCAUCAUGGACCUGCCGCUCGUGCUCGACCCGAUGAACCAGAUGCGCGGCCUGCCGCCUUUACACUACGACUCGUCCAGCCGGUCUCGCUUCGGCGUCUUCCCACGCUACGCGCCGCAUCAGGUCAAGUGGUUCGAGACCAACCCCUGCCUCAUCUUCCACACGGCCAACUGCUGGGACACGACCACCCUCAUGAACAAGGCCACGAUGCAACGCGACACUGUCGUCAACCUGCUGGCCUGCCGGCUGACGUCGGCCGCGACGGUUUUCAACCCCGCCAACAUUGCCAGCCCCGAGGUCAAGGCCGUGCAGCCCGAGUACGCCGAGGAGGAGCAGUGCAGGCUGUACUACUACGCCUUCCCGCUCUCCGAGAGCCAGGUGCAGAUCCGCCACCAGUGGGCCCUGUCGGCCAUCCCGUUCGAGUUCCCCGUCGUGGCCGCCGACAGGGCCAUGGGCGAGUGCCGGUACGUGUACGGCUGCACGACAUCCAAGUCGUUCACAGUCGCGCUCGGCAAGGCCGCCAAGAUUGAUUACCUCUCCAAAAUCGACGUCCGGACACUCAUUGCGCGUGGCGUCGAGAAACCCCCGCAGACCAUCAAGGGCAGCGUGGACACGAGGAACGUGCAGCAGGUCGUGGCCAGCAAAGACCCCCACGACCCAAUCCAGCUGUUCGCGAUGCCGCCGGGCUGGUACGCCCAGGAGCCGCGCUUCGUGCCGCGGACGACGGACGGCGGGCGCGAGGACGACGGCUGGCUGCUCUUCUACGCAUUUGACGAGGCGCAGCUCGACGCGCAGGACAAGGCCGGCGACGACGCGACGAGUGAGCUGUGGAUCGUCGACGCGCGCACCAUGAAGGACGUUGUGGCCAAGAUCAAGCUGCCGCAGCGGGUACCGUAUGGCCUGCACGGCGCCUGGUUCAGCGAGGACGAGAUUCGAGGGCAGAGGCCGCACGAGGGCGUGCGGGCGCUCGGGGCGAUUUCGGCGGCCAAGGCGGCGGACAGCCUGGUCGGCCAGGUCCGAGAUAGGCUGGAGCGUUGGCUCGGCUAG